AUGGAAUAUUUCUUUGUAUUCCUUAUAUUCAUCUCUUUUACUCAAGCACAAAAAUUUACAGAGGAAAGUCCUUAUUUACUUGUACGUUUAAUGGAUCUUAAAUUAUAUGAGUGGAAACCUCAAGUAUUGGAUAAAAUGGAGCGAGCACUUGAUGCUGAAUUGAAAUAUACUGAUGAAAAAAAAGGUGUUGCAUGUAAAACAAUUGAUUUUGAAGAAGAAGCAGGUUAUCCAAAACAAGAUGCACGUUUUCUUGAUUUAAGUUUUCGUGGUAUAUGUACAGAUGAAAAGGGUCAGCAACAUAGUAUUGAUAAAGAUUUAAUAACUAAAGCUAUAAUACGACGAAAAGAUGAAGUUAAUGCAGCAAUUACUGCUCAUGUUUUUCGCAUUGGUAAUGUUCAAAUAUAUGCACGUAAUAGAAAUAAACUUAAUUUAAUUAUUAUACCUGCAUCCAUCGGAUUUGUUACAUUUUUAUUUGUAUUAACAUUUUUCUUACGACGAAUGAGAAAUGCACAAAAACAUCGUCAUAUUGUGGCAGAAUUACAGAAAAAGAAAGAAGCAACUCUUAAAAAAGCUCAAACAAUAGCUAAUAUAGAUCCACAAGCAAAUGAUAAACAACGUUUAUUACAACUUGAUCCAACUGUCGUCGGUAAAGUUUCAGAUACAAUGGGUAGUCCAAAAGAAUUUACCAAUGAACAAAGUUCAACUCCAUCUCGAAGUAAUGCAACUAAUACAAGUGAACUUCGUUUUUUUAAUCGUGAUUAUCAAGGAACAGUUCCAUCAGCAACUAGUGUAGAAAAUCGAAUGCCACAUCAUAAUCGUGAAGAAGAUACAUCAUUUCAAACCCAACGAUCAUUUAAAUCAAGUCGUGAACGUAUGCAUGUACCUUUUGAAAGUGAACCACGAUAUUCACCAACUCAUCCUCCAUAUCAAUAUGAACCACAAUAUCCAGAAAUGGUAUCAAUGCAUGAACAACAUCCACGUGUUGUUGUUCGAACAAUACGAGAUGAUGGAAACUAUCCUGCAUAUCAUCAACAACCAUAUGAGGAAUCAUCAAAAACAUUUGUAUCUAUUCCAGUACAAAUCGAACAUAGUAAUUCUCAUCAACGAUUUGUUCCACCUCCUUAUCAUUCUGAUCCGUAUUAUCCACAUGUCAAUUCAUGA